AUGAUGCUGAUGGGUGCAUUGACUGCUAUAUUCGAUGUUAAGACCAACUCACAUUAUGUCAAUUGGGUUUUUGUCAAGAAUUUAAUGUUAAAAGAUGGUAACUUAUUGAUGCAACAUGUAUAUCAAUAUGUGGAGAUAAAUUAGUCUUAGGGUUAGAAGAAUGUGAUGAUGGCAAUUAGCUUCCAUAUGAUGGUUGGUAUGAAUGCAAAUUUUAAUUUUCAGAGAAUAAUGUACUGAAUGUUAGAAUGGUGUUUGCAAAGCCUUUAUUACUCCAGGGUGAGUUCUUGAUCAAUAAAACCGUUGCAUUACUUUAUGUGGAUAUGGGAUCAUUGUUGACCCUUUUGAAUAGUGUGAAGAUGGAAAUGAUAAUCCAAGGAACAGUUGUUAUUUGUGCGAAUUUCAAUGUUUAAAAAAGGUUGAAUUGA